CAAUAUGCGAUUUCCAAGAGACGCAAAAUUCGCAAAUCGAACACGGAUGAAAAUGAGGAUGAUAGAGACGCAAAAAGAAAAAUGCCAUUUCCGAAAGUUCACCUGGUUGUUAAUUUGCUCGAUGAUGUUGAGAUCGAGGUGGAAGAUAUGCAGAUUCUCGCGAAUGUUAUCGAUCUCACAAGAAUCGAUAAAGAACCAGAAAGACAAACCGAGAAGAACGAAGUGAUCGAUCUAAUGAUUGGUGAUGAAGAUGCAUCGAAACCAUCUCGCAUCAGCGAGGAUGAAAAAAUCAUCGAAACCGUUAAAUUGAUGGUUCCCGAAAUCAAUAACGACAUAUUAAGGGUCAUCUUUAAACAUAUUAUCGAUGAUAUAUUUGAAAACAUACUUAAAGACGAAAAUGUAGGAAAGGAAGCCGGAAGCAUCAUGUGUACUGACAGAAGAUUCAACAUUCUUUUCACUGAGGUUUUCUUUAAAGAACUCGAUUACUACGUCAAAAAAAUGAGAGUUUUUGAAACUGUAUCCCUACCACAAAUUGAAGAUGAGAAAACCAAUGAUAUCGAAAACACGGAACUCUUGGAAUCACUCCCGGAAAUCGAAAUAAACAAAAAUCAAGCUGCCACCGAGUACAUUUAUAUGAUAUUAGAAGACAUAAUGAUUAGAGAUGAUUGUGACAUUCACAUAUUUGCCAUGAUUAAAAAGGUCUUUUCGCUCGAAGCACUCGAAAAAAAUGGAUUGCAAGAUAUGUUACGAAAAAAAUACCAAGAAAAAGUAUUAUAUAAAAUAGAUGUCAUCGGAUUAUUAAAAUUAUGGUGUGUUGUAAAUGAUUUUGUAAGACUGUUACAUGAUUCAAGACCAGAAUACUUAUACUUAGCAUACAUCGACA